AUGGCAAUUCCAUCUUAUGACAUGAGUUGCUUUAAGCUGCCUCCAAAACUUUGUUCUAAAAUAAAGGGUAUGAUGGCAAGGUAUUGGUGGGGUCAAAAGAAGGAGGAGAGGAGAAAGGUAAAUUGGAUAAGCUGGAAGAAGCUGUGUAGUUCAAAAUUUGUGGGAGGUAUGGGAUUCAAGGAGCUAGAGGUUUUCAAUAUGGCAUUGUUGGCUAAGCAAGCUUGGAGGUUAUUACAAGAAAAGGAGAGCUUAUUCCACAAGAUGUAUGCUGCUAGAUAUUUUUCUGAUGGGAACCUGUUGACAGCUUCUCUUGGAAGAAAUCCCUCCUAUGCUUGGAGGGGUAUUUGGGAAGCAAAGAGCCUGCUAGUGCAAGGUGGCAGAUGGAAUGUGGGAGAUGGAAGUUUAAUCCAUAUUUUGAAUGAUGUUUGGAUACCUGGAUUUCGAAAUUUGAGACAAGAGUUGGGAACUGAGCAGAGUAGUAAGCAACUUUGUCAAUUGGACAAUCAAGUUUUAUCUCUUACUGAUCCAAGUACUAAGUGGUGGGACAUUGCUAAAGUUAGAUCUCUCUUCAAUCCAAACAUUGUGAAUGCUAUUAUCAGAUUGCAUCUUAGUCAUACUGGAGCUAUAGAUCAUUGGAUGUGGUAA